AUUUGCCUUCUAGUGUGUUAUGAUGGCGACCUUUAAGUUUCUCCUGUGCUCUGUGGUACUUGCAACGUAUUGCUUCGUGUCAUCAUUGUGUGAUUUUACAACGCAACACAACACACUCCGAAGCAAUGUUCGUCCUCAUGCAUCGAACAUGCGCAAAAUGAUGUGGAGCGACGAGUUGGCCAAAAUUGCACAGACCUGGGCUAACAAAUGCAAACUUGAGCAUAACUCACUUAGAUCACAGGAAUCCAGCACUUGGCACUAUGUAGGCGAAAAUAUCUACUGGAGUACAAGGAACCACACACCUGAGUACAUAGUUAGUCACUGGUAUGCGGAGAACACGCAUUACACCUUCGCCGACCAAUCGUGCAGUAGCAGGUGUGGUCAUUACACUCAGGUUGUCUGGGCCAGCACCGAGUACGUAGGCUGUGGUACGGCCCACUGUGGACACAACUACUUCACCGUCUGUGACUAUGGACCGGGAGGAAACUUCCGAGGAGAAACACCAUUCACAAAAGGAACCUAUGCAAGUCUUUGUCCUUCAGGUUAUCAUAAGGACCACCAAUAUCCACAUUUAUGUUCAAAAGCUUAAUAUGACAAUGAAGGCAAAGUCACAGUCAAACCACAUCCCGCCAUUACCAGGCUGGCUAAUAUAACGUAACUUUAUUAUAAUAAAUGUUAUUAUACAACUCUUA